AUGCAUCUAAGUGAUAUGAGAAAGGAUGUUAAUGGCUCAAAGUUGCAAAAACCUUUAGAGUUUGAAUAUGGUGACUAUGUGUUUCUAAAAAUCUUGCCAACCAAAGGGGUUAAGAGAUUUGAGAAGAAAAGGAAAUUGAGCCUUAGGUACAUCAAACUUUUUGAGGUACAAAGGCGUGUGGGUGCAAUUGCUUAUCAUUUUGCAUUACUGCUUAAUUUGUCCGAUGUUCAUCUGAUUUUCCAUAUAUCCAUGCUUAGGAAGUUUGAUCCUGAUCCUUUGCAUCUGAUACAAUAUAAUGAUGUCCAGUUGCAAAAUAGACUUGGUUAUGAGGAGCAGCCCGUAGCCAUAUUGGAUUGA